AAGUGCGGCGGUGCAAAGUGUUAGAGAAGCCAGUGUACCUUGGAGGACACGUAAGAGGGAGGUAACGCGUUGGUUUUGGAGACCUUGCGCGAUACACACAGCACAAGCACCGAUGGAGAGAAAGGACCAUUAGCCAUAGUCCUGGGGAAAUACGCAGAAGCAGUAUUCCAUGUCUCUCCUCUGCCCUGUUAUUGAUGGGAAACCAACUGGACCGGAUCACCCACCUGAACUACAGCGAGCUACCCACCGGGGAUCCAUCGGGCAUCGAGAAGGACGAGUUGCGUGUUGGUGUGGCGUAUUUCUUUUCCGAUGAGGAGGAAGAGCUGGACGAUCGAUCGCAGUCGGACAGCUUUAAAGACAACAGCCCGAGCAAAGACGGUCCGAUUGCGCUUAACGACAUCGAGUACUCGGCGUUCUGCUGCCAGGAAUGUAUAUACUCCAAACUCCGAGAGAACGAGGACCUGAAUGUUUAUUCUGUGAAAACUUUAUUGACCAUGUGCAAACCCGGGGAUCUACUGGAGUUAGUGGCAAACGCACAACCCCCGCACUGGGCGAUCUUUGAAGGGGAGGACCAGGUUAUUCACCUCUACAAGGGGGAGAUCCGCAAGGACAGCUUGUUUGAGAUCAGCUGCGGUCGACAGGGCAGGAUAGUGAACAAUCGGUACCGCUACCGGCCGCUGCCCGCUGAUUUGGUGAUGCAGAACGCGAGCGGGCACGUGGGGCUCAGCAGCGGCGAGACUUGCUGGACGAACUCGGAAAGUUUCGCAGCGUGGUGCCGUUUCGGCAAGCGGGAGUUUAAAGCGGGCGGGGAGGCGCACUCGGUCGAGCAGCGCUACUUUCUGAAGGUGCACCUGUCCGAGAGCACCGCGCACACGCUCAUGUUCCGCAGCCUGGAGGAGAUGAUACGCGAGAGACGGCGAGUGGACGCCAGUGGCAUUCUGAAGGAGCUGUCGCUGGUGACCGGGAAGGAAUGAGCGCUUGGGACUCUCUGCAUGCCUUGAGCAAGGGCUGCUUACCUUUAUUUCAGGACUUUGGGAGGGUUGUGCGUAUUUGUGUGAACAUGUUUUGGCAAAGACAACGCCCCUUUUGGUUGUGCUGUGAGAACCGAUGGUCCCACUAAAGUCACCCUGUACCUUUAAAAAGGAAAAAGAUAAAACAUAAGGUGAGCCCUCAUCACAGUUCGCCCAUGAACCGAUGCAGCCCCCUCAAAUUCUCACCCUAGCUCUGCUGCGGCAGAUGGUGACCACGAUGCGUUCAUAUGUCUAUGGCAAGCCGUUUUGACAUUUAUUCCUUAAGACUAACUAGUAGCCUACUUGUGUUUUUUUUGGUUACUAAUACUCAUUCACUAACAACUAUUCAAAUAGUUUCUAGUAUCUUUUCCCGUUGUCCUGGCAGCAUUUGAAUACUACUAGUAGCGUGUAUUCCAGUUGUUACUAGUAGGCCUAACAUUUUUAAUUGUACUAGUAAGACUUCUGUUUGAACUAAUUAGCCUUUCUGAAUAGUCAUUACAUAUGACAAGAGGAAAGCAAGCGUUACUAUUGAGAUUAACAAUGUUACUUGUAACAGCUGAGAUCAAUAGCUACUAGUAUCUAUAAAAGUCGCUUCUUUGCUCCCUAUUCUAAUAAUGACAAGCAACUAUCCCAUGAUACAUACUGCAAAUUUUGGCCGUUGAAUUCUUGGUGGAUCUGUGGUUCAGAUAUAAACCAUUCACUUCCAAUAUAGGCAUUAGUAACCAUUCAUUAGGUACUAGUACCUAUUUUAGGAAUAAUUAGGCUACUAGUGAAAUCGAAAAAGAUACUAUCCACUAUUGGACUACUUUCUACUAAUUGAAAAGAUGUACUGGUAACUUAAACAGUUUAAAGGAAUACAUGUGAAACCACUUGCCAUAUGUCUAUUAUUUGACUGAACUCUUGAGCUUUAACAUUAAACGUGAAGCUCUGUUAUUGCGCAUCUGUCCAGCUGCAUUAGUUCCUCUAAACCCCCUACAGGCGACAACACACGAGCCUUUGUUUUCAUUCUCUUACCAACAAAUGCAGCGAACAUUCUUCUGUUUUUGGAGUCCAUAUUUUUGUAUUUCAGUUAGUACGUUAAAAGAAAACUGUUUUUAUUUAAAUAAACGUAGAUUGCCCUAUGAAAA